AUGGGAAUUGAAGUAAAGAUGCGACGAAGAAAUAGCUAUGGAAGCUCGGCUGGAUCUCAUCUCGCACCCAGUGGCACAAGGCGGUAUCCUAACAGAGAAGUUACCCCCAGACACUUUAACCAGCCAGGUUACCCGCACUCAGGACCCCCACCCUUCAUACCAAAUCCGGAUUAUGUGCACCACAGCCCUUACGAAGCCCCACAAGACCCCUAUCACCCAUAUGAACCCAGUUCUGCUGUUGGGUAUCCGCUUGAUAAAUCUCACAGAGCGCACCACGGUGGUAACACAAUCAAAUUGGCAUAUCCAAAGCGCUCCUCUCAUCUCUCAUCAGGAGAAGAGAAUUCUCAGGCCUAUCAUCUUCACCAUCAGCCUUCAUCAGGAUCCAAUAAACCCGAUUAUCCACCGGCAGGAAGUUCAGAUGAACUCAAAGAGAUUCCAGUUUGGUCUCCGUACGGUGUAGUACCGCUUCAGCCAGAAAAUACUAUACCAUUUAACCUUGAGUUUAAACCACCAUCAACUUUCUCCUUUCUUGUAUAA